GGCGUGGUUCGGCCGCACCGGCCCGGAGCUCCAGAUUCCAGGAGGAGUCAUGUCAGAAGACACGGGAGGUGAUUCCCAGUUCUCCGUGAAGGCGGCAGCCCUGAGAGUGUUCGACCUCCCUCUGUCCUGGUGCUCUUCUCUCUCCCAGAUCAGAUUUUCACCAGUAGCUAAAAAGUUAUUUGUGGUAACUGCAGUGAGUGCUGUAUCUGUAAUUUUUCUGGCUCAUCACUUUAAAAGAAGACGUGGGAAGAAGAAAGAGAAAAUAUUACCAUGGGAGCCAGAGCACCUCAUACUUGAAUACACUAAAAAAGCAGCAUCGGAUAAAGGUUCGAGUUGUUCCAGUAGCAGACAGAAUUUGACCUUGUCUUUAAGUUCCACAAAAGACAAAGGAUCUCAGUCUUGUAACUAUGUGAAUGGAGGACCUUUCAGUAAAUACUCAGGCUCUGUACAAAGUUUGGCCUCUGUCCAGAGUGUCAAUUCUUGUCACAGCUGUGCUUGUGGCAAUUCUAACUCCUGGGACAAGCCAGAUGAAGAUGAUAUUAAACUUGUAAAUAUUCCUGUGACCACUCCCGAGAACUUGUACUUAAUGGGUAUGGAGUUGUUUGAAGAGGCAUUGCGUCGCUGGGAGCAAGCUCUCACCUUUCGCAACAGACAGGCGGAGGAUGAAGCCUGUGGUUCCAUUAAGCUGGGCGCCGGAGACGCCAUUGCGGAGGAGAGCGUGGAUGAUAUUAUUAGCACUGACUUUAUCCAUAAACUUGAAGCUCUGCUGCAAAGAGCGUAUCGUCUCCAAGAGGAGUUUGAAGCCACCCUUGGAGGAUCCGACCCUAGUUCCCUCACGAAUGAUGUUGAUAAAGAUACAGAUAUCACGAUGAAGGGGAACAUGGAUGACUUUGGCCUGCGAGACACCUUGAGCAUCGCAUCAACUGAUUCAUUUGCCUCAGCAGCAGAGCUUGCAGAGCACAGAGAAGGGCGGCCGACCUGCACCCUCGAGUCUCUCUGCCACUGCCCUUUUUAUGAAGAAGCCAUGCAUUUAGUGGAAGAAGGAAAAAUUUACUCACGAGUGCUAAGAACUGAAAUGUUGGAGUGCCUGGGAGACAGUGAUUUUCUUGCCAAACUUCACUGUAUUCGACAGGCUUUUCAGGUAAUUCUUUCAGAAACAGCCAACAGGAUAUUCCUUGCUGAAAGUGGAAGGAAAAUUUUAUCUGCUUUAAUUAUAAAAGCACGAAAGAAUCCAAAGAAGUUUGAAGAUGUUUUUGAUGAAAUGAUCUAUUUUUUGGAACAGACUGAUCACUGGGAUAGUACUGAAAUGGAACUUGCUGCUAGAGGGGUGAAAAAUCUAAAUUUUUAUGAUGUUGUUCUGGAUUUCAUAUUAAUGGAUUCCUUUGAGGAUUUAGAAAACCCACCCACAUCCAUACAGAAUGUAGUGAAUAAUCGCUGGCUAAACUCUUCCUUCAAGGAAACAGCUGUGACUUCAAGUUGUUGGUCAGUGCUGAAGCAAAAAAGGCAACAAAUGAAGCAGAUCCCGGAUGGAUUUUUUGCGCAUUUUUAUGCCAUUUGUGAGCACAUCAGCCCUGUGCUAGCGUGGGGCUUUUUGGGCCCUAGAAAUUCUCUGUAUGAUUUAUGCUGCUUCUUUAAGAAUCAAGUUCUUUUCUUUCUCAAAGACAUUUUUGACUUUGAGAAGGUACGCUAUUCGAGCAUAGAGACGUUGGCUGAAGACCUCCUGCAGUUACUCAUUCGCCGCACUGAACUGUUACUGGCCUACCUGGGAGCAGAUGCCCUGAGGCACACAAGUGGUUGUAUAAGUGGUCAUGGUCAUGUUUUGUCUAGUGGGCUCUUGGAAGCUAAAGUACAAUAAGUACCAUAACAAUCAUACCAUUUGAGUGUGCUAUAAAAUAUUUUAAAGGAGCUUAAAUACUUGGUAGAUGUGGACUCAGGGAGGAAAAAUAUUCUAGUGAAGAAUACUAGGCUUAUAUGAAGCUCUGUCAUUGAACACCUGUAUCGUGUGUUCACAGCUGUUUUUUUGUACUCUUUAGAUGGUCAUUUCAGUCAUGAAAUGUUGUGUAUUUUGUAGGAAUACUGCUUAAAUUGAAGCUAAUACUUGGGAGUCACCUUGUUAUCGUGAAGCUCUCUGAAACGUCCUGUAGCAUUCUCAAAAAUUCUGUCUCUGUGUUUUGCACCUUGAAAGUGUAUACACUUAGCCAAGAUCUUUAAGAUUGAGGUAUGCAAGAAUAUAUUACUCCUAGUGUCAACAUAUUAACUUUGCCUGAAAAUGUGUUUUUAACCGUGAAGUUAUUUAUCUGUUUAAUCAAGGUUAAGAAGUAGUAGUGUUUUACUGUGUACUGCUUAUGUUAUUUCUUGUGUAUUUGCAGGAGUCUUUAAAUCAAAGAAAUCGUAAUCCCUGACUACUGGUACAAUCUAUUAAAUGAGUGGAGAGUAAGCAGUAUGCAAAAACAACUUUGUAGUAGAUUAACUUCGGUUCCAAAUGUGUUACUAUUGGUUCUUUAAGUUAACACCAGAGACUGAAGAAGUUUCCUCUUUUUAAAAAAUAGUCAUUUAUUUGAGUGGCAGAGACAGAAAUGUAGAGGGAGCUCACGUCCACGGGGCCCCUCUCCAGAUGCCUGAAGUGGUGGAGACAGAUGAAGCUGAAGCUGUGGUGUGGGAACCCAGUCCAGUUCCCCCAUGUGUGUUAGGAACUUUAUCACUUGAGCCAUCACAGUUGCCUCACAGUCUGCGUUAGCAGGAAGCCAUCAUCUGGGACUGAAGCUGAGACUCAAACCUGGACAGUGUGUGUGGGACACAGGCAUCUAACCAUGAGGCUGAAUGCCCACCCACGAAGAAAUCUUAUAACUUAGAGCAUUUUCCUCUUGGGAAUAUAUUGAUUUAAAAAGCUAUUUGUGAAGAGAGGGAAUUUAAAAUUUAUCUUUUUAAAAAGCAUAGGCUUUUUAAACUUCCAUCUUCUGGUUCACUCCCCAAAUGCCCACACUAGUUAGGGCUGAGCCAGGCUGAGGCCAGGAGCUGGAAACUCAAUCCAAGUUCUGCACGUGGGAGGCAAGGCCGUAACUACUUGAGCCGGUGCCCGUUCCCUCCUAAAGUAUGCAACAGCAAGAAGUUAGGAGCAGAACUGAGGCUCAAACUCAUGCACUCCAAUAUGGGAUACGGGUGCCUCAACCUAGGGCCUCACUGUUAGGCGGAAAAAUGUCUCCUCUUUCAGUGUAGUUUUGAAAUUGUCUCCCAAAAUCUGGAGUCAUUCUACUUGAUACACUAAAAUAAUCUCUUCUUUCUCUUUUUGUAAAGCUGGGUUUUAGUUCUUCCCACUGAGAACUCUGUACAGAAUUUGUCCUGUUACGCUCAUAUCUCGAAAAAUAAUCAUACUUUGAAUCUUCGUGGGAAUCUAGAGCUUUUUUCACUCCCUUGAUACAGAGCCAAGUCCUUUUAAUGAGGUCACAGUAUAGUCCAUGUCCUCUAUCCGCAGUAUGUGAAGGGGGUUGUUGUGAGGGAGGGUCUCGGGGUAGGGGAGGCCUUCAGCAGUUGGGUGCGUUUGGUGUUGAAUCAUACACUGCUGUUUGAAGUGGCUGACUCGUCAUGCCAAAAACAUUUGUUCCUUUUGCUUCUAAAGUGGGCUGUAUUCAUGUUAGGAGGAGGUUAUAGAGAAGAACCUAAAAUGUAUUUUUAAAAAAAUACAAUUUCAGAUUAAAGUGCCUAGUUUCUGAUUAGUGAACAGAAAAUCAAAGUGCAAAGAAGUGUAAUUUUAAAAAGAUUUUAAAGAGAUUUUAUAUAUGUGCCAUAAUUAUAUACAUUAAUUACUACAUGUAAAAUUCAUAUUCUUCUCUUCUGCUUCUUAUGUUCAGCAUACAAAGUAUUGCUGACCUUGCUUUUAGUUAUGUAACUUCAUGACUUUUCUUCCAUAGCUUCCUAAUUUAAUAGUGGGUGGACAGACUGUAUGGUUGGUGAUUAUCAUGCUCUGAUAUGGGACAAAAGAAAAAAUAUGGUCUAUUCAUAAUUCCAGGGUUUUUUGAGAAGCAGAGAGAGAGAGAAACAGACAGACAGGUACAAGUAGACAAACAGAACUCCCAUCCACUAGCUCACUCUUCAAAUACCAGAAACAUGGAAAGUGAGCCAGGGAGAGGCCAGGAGUUAGGAACUCAGUGUCGGUUGCGUGUUGGUGGUGGGGAGCUGACUGUAGGAGCUGUCACCUGCUACAUCCCAGGGUGUGCAUUAGCAGGAAACCAGAAUUGGAAACAGAGCCAAAACCCAGACCCAGGUAGCCCAGUACAGGAUGUAAUUAUGCCAAUUGACAGCUAAACCACAAGCCAAAUGCCUGCCACCCAAUUCUUGCUCUUAAUGGAAGAGAAUGCUUAGAAAUAACCCAAAAUAAAGCUGCCAUUACAUAGUAUUUUGCUUCUCAUUUCAAAUAUUAAAUGUUUUGCCUUAUUUACAUACACUGGCAGUGAAUGCUGUGUACACACACAGGUGUGCAUGCACACAUUUCCAUGUAGGGAAACUGCUUGUAUCAUUUGGCCCAUUUGAAGGCUAAAUGAUGACUCAAGCUAUGAUUUUAUAAAAGAAUAAGUUCACCUUUAAUUUGAGAAAAAUGUUUGAAAGAAUUUUGAAGAAUUGCACUAUUUAUAAUGCUGCUAGGACAGGAAGUAACUCUAGGGAACUUCUGAUGAAAUGAAUGGUUUGGGAAGGUGAUUUUAUUGCUGACAUUCAUUUUUUUAAAUGCCCAUAUUCAGUACAUUGGUGUGUCAAAAUCAAUACUUAGAUUACUUGCUAGUCAGUUCAUUAGCUAUGAAUUCAAAAAAAUACUUUCUUGUGGCCUUUGAUAAAAAGAAAUAAGAGUGACCAAAUAGAAUUUCAGGGUAGUAAGUAUAGCGGAAAAUCUCUAUUGUAGGGUAAGAGACUUGACCUUUUUAAAGGAAUUAUCUUCCUAGAAAUAACGCUUCUGAUUGUAGUAGGGUAUUUAAGACAUUCGUACCAGUUUCCAUUUGCCUUAACAUUGGGUUAAACAGUAAAAGCAUUUUUGUUUGAUUAAACUAGUCUAAAGCCUUUCAGAGUGAAGCCCUGCUGGACACUCACUCGUGGUGGUGUGAUCAGAAUUGCUGCUGCCUUCAGGAGCCUCACCACCUGCUUCUGUAAGGAAAUUACAGCAGGGUCUUGAAUGACUUCUGAGAAAUGGCUUUUUCCCUUCUUUUUUCUAUUUUUGUUUUCUGUGUAUGUUUAGCUAAAAGAGUAAUUAUUUCUUCUUGAAGGUUAACAAUGUUAAGUGUCAAAAUGGAAUUAUCUUUUUAAAAAGAAGCCAAGUAUUAUGUACAGUUGUAGAAAGCUUAAACAACGUUAUUGUCAUUCUUACAAAGUAGUACUUUUCUGCUAUGGUUUAUCCUUUUAUUAUGCUUUUAUUAAUUUUUAAUUAACUUACUUUGUAGAAGAUAUUUUCAAAUGUUUCCUUGCCUUAAGAUGAAAUAUUUCCUACUGAAAUAAUUCCCAAGAGAGUGGUUAUGUGAAUUACAAAAGAAUUCUCUGUUUACUGUCCCUUUAAACAUAGGACAGAAGAAUGCCAAAGUAACUUUUAAUGUGCUUCUCUGAUAUUUCAUAACCCAAAUUUUAAAAUUUUGUUAAUGACUUACUUUUAUCGCAGUGUUGAAUGUAUGUUCAGAAAUUCCUUGGAUAUAAAUUUUGAAAUGAUUAUAAGAAUCAGGCUGAAUUCAAACCCAUACAUUUUCUUCUUGAUUUGGUCAGAUUAAGAGUUGUGUCAGAUUUAAGAAUUUACAAAGUCUGAUCAGUGGAAAUAAGGACAUCCUUAUCUUGUAGUUGUUGUGUUAAUUAUGUUACUGUCUUGUUUAGUUUUACAGCAGUCAUAUUUUAGCUUCACUUGGCUGAUAACAGUAGAUAUUCUUAUUUCUAAAAUGUAAGGACUGUACUCAUUAAUUUGUGUAAAACACUAUAGUAGCAAAAAGAAAAACAAAAUAGCACUGGCUUUCCAGCCUUACUAAGCACUGUAACAUGGAUGUAUUACUGUAUCUGCCAAAUAAAAAAAAGUAAUGA